GGAAUACCAAUGGCCACCAGUGACCGGAAUCGCCGCCGUGGCGGGGGUGUCGGGCUGCGUCUGCCCAACCUGGCGCUCAUCGCAGCUCUGUUCCUCCACCCGUCCCAGCCGUCAACAGCGGAUGCGGCACCCACCCUGGGGGACCACUCCGGUUCCGGUGCCCAGGGCCUACACAAGCGGAUCCAGGGCGAGCAUGUGGUGCUCGCGGACUGCCGCGACAACCACGGCGUCGUGUCGUCCCAGAUGGCCUACUUCGUCGGCGAUCCCGGUCCCGUGCCGAACGACGUGGCCGUCGUGGUCACCCCGGCGGGGCAGGCGGCGCUGUGGGUGAACGCCAACACGUCCAGCCUGUUCACCGACACGGGCGUAACCUUCCGGGCGAGCCUGGGCCCUCGCGUCGAGGACGGCCAGUUCGCCGGCACGGGGGACAACGGGUACGGCAACUUCAGCUGCUACCAGAAGUACGCGGCGGGGCUGUACAAGUAUAGCGGGACGACCUGUAACCAGGUCUACUUGUGUGAUCAUAGCAAACCGCCCGGUGAGUUUAUCUUGUUUUGUCUUGAGGGGUACAUGUCCCGGGGGACGGUCAUCGGGAUCGCGGUCGGGGUGGUCGGCGGGCUGCUCUUCCUCGUCGCUGUGGGGCUGGUGUUCUGGUUCUACCGGCGCCUGCGGCGAGCGAAGGCCAAACCAUCGGGCGAGCUGCUCCGGCCGGGCAGUCUCUCCGUCUCGACGGACCCCAGCUCGCGGUUCGAGGCCAACAAACCGCCGAACCCGGUGGGCAUGGCGCAGCCGGUCAUGACCCACAUGCGCGCCAUCUACGAGGUGGACGGGCGGCGGUUCCGCGUCGAGAUGGCCACCGACACGGGCCGGCUCGAGAUGGAUGCGCUGGGCCACGGCUCUGCCGAACUGGAUGAUAAGAGCCACAAGGCGGAGAACGAGAAGACCGACGUCACCACGUCCGAACCGAGCAGCGACUCUCCGCGUGAGAUAUCUCCGCUGAGCCCAGACCUCCCGGACUCGCCGGGCGCGAAUGAUCCGCCUCCGCCGCCGUCCUACACGAGCACGCCCAUCACAUUCUACUCGUCCGUUCAGGGGAAGAGGACAUUCCUUCGCCGGGCCACCUGCACGAUGGCGAACAAUCGACCACCCUCUACACAUCAUGAUGCGGGAGGAGACAUGCCGCGUGCAAGGCGCCGCUCGUCGUCUGCGUCUCGGCACAAACCGGGCCCGCCGUCAGCGCCGCGCCGCGCCAUCCGCCCCGUGCUGCUUCUCGUGGCGCUUGUCAAUCUCGCGUGGAGCCUCUACCAGCUCCCGGUGAGCCGCGUUGUCGAGAGCCGGCUAUGUCGCGACCACUACGCGGCGCACGAUCCGUCCGCGCUUCGUCCGGACGGGACCGUUCCGGAGGAGCUGUGCAAGGUCGAUGGCGUGCAGCAGCGGCUGGGCCGCAUCCAGGGCAUCAUGGAGACGGUGUGGGUUGCUGGCGACUUUCUAAUGACCAUCCCGCUUGUCUCGCUGGCUGACCAUUAUGGGUGCCAAUUCGUGCUGUGUCUCAAUCUCUUCCCACGCGUGUUCCUACUGUGUUGGACGUUCCUGGUCGGCUAUUUUGAUCGGGCCCUGCCGGUCAACGCCAUCCUCGCCGCUCCGGUGUUCUCAUUUCUUGGGGGAGACUGUGUCUUCAACUCGAUUGUCUAUGCUCUAGUAUCGGAGCUCACAGACGACCACGUCCUCCGCGCAACCUUUUUCGGCUAUGUGAACGCCGUCUCCUCCAUCUUCUCCCUCCAGCUUGGGCCCGCCCUCGCAUCGGCGGCCAUGAGCACGAUGCUCUGGCUUCCGCUCUGGAUCGGCAUCGUCCUGCUGAUUCUCGGCAUCCCGGCCAUCACCGCUCUCCUUCCAAAACCCAGAGGCAGCCGCCGCAGAUCUCCCUCGAACGAGGAAGCGGACGCCGCGGCGCCACUUAUCCCUCCCUCGUCCCGUCAACCACUCCGGAACAGCCUGGCCUCCAAAACCACAGCCCGCUUCCACACCGUCCUGGCCAUCCUGAACAACCCCACCGGCAACUUCCUCCUCCUCUUAACCAUCUUCUUCCUCGCCUCGCUCGCCAGCUCCGACACGAAACUUCUCCCACUCUACAUCUCCAAGCGCUACACCUGGAAAGAAAACAUCGCAUUGGCGCACGCAAGCCUGGUCUUCUCGGUGCUGGGCGCCUUGGCCAUCGCCGUCUCGCCCAGCAUUGCGGUGCUCGUCCCGAGCCUGUUGCUCUACGCGAUGGGCAUUGCGCUGCCCAUGUUUACCUACUCGCUGCUCAAGUCGCCGAGUAUGGGGUUGGUGAAGGAAGGAGAGGAGGAGGGCACGGGCACGGGCAUGCAGCUAUUUUCCGUGGUCAUGUUGGUGAGGACGGUCGGUACGCUGCUCGGUGCUGUGGUCAUGCCCAGUCUGUGGGUGGCCGGGGUUGGGGUCGGGGGUUGGGCGCUGGGACUGCCGUUUGGGCGGACGGGCUACGACCUCUGCGAGACCGACUGCAAUCUCGCUGGGGCCGCCUUCCCGGACAAGCACACGCUCCAGCUGAUGCUUGAGAACUACCGGUCCGAGCAAUGUCCCACCAUCUACAUCGGGGAGAACCCGGACACGCCGACGGCCACGUCGAAGGUUUGCCUUGACGUCAUCGGCACCGACAUCGUCUUCAACUUUGCGUCUUUCCCCGGCUACACGUACCAGAAUGGCGCCGUCAGCUGGAAGCUGAUGGGCAACCUCCUGACGCCCGAAAAGUUCAACGCCCCUCCCCCGCCGGCCGCCGAGGUCUCCUGCAGCCCUAGUGGUGAUGGUCUCGUCUGCAAGCUCCCGUUCAGCGACAUCCUCGGCGUCUCGGCCACCACCGGCGUCCAGGACCUCCUCUCUGGCAUGUGCCCCAACGGCGACCGCGAAGGGCUCGGCUUCACUUCCACUUCCACUUCCACUUCCACUAACCCACCAACCUCCACCCCAACGGCAUGCUCCUUCGGCACCGCCUUCGGCUACCUGUCCGCCUCCAAAUCCACCACGCUCAACACCCAGUCCGGCCAGGGCUGCAAGCGCUGGGGGUGGUACCAGACGCCGACGCUAGCCGAGCUGCAGGCGGGGCUCACCUCGGGCCCGCUGUACGUCGGCGCGGGCAACAACGACAUCUCCAAGGCGACGCAGGUCGGCACGUGGACCGCGACGGCCGACCUCGGCGGCCGCGUGUCCGUGACCUACUCCCUGACGGGGCCGUACGCGCUCGCCGAGGUGCAUGUCGAUCUCGAGUGCCUCCCCAUCGAGAAGUGCGCGCCGGGCAGCUAUACCGUGGGCGAGAGUGGGCUGGGUGGCAAGGGCGUGCAGGAGUAUGAGGUUGUCGUGGGGGCGUUCCCGAGUUGUUCGGGGGGGAACAGGGCCGCGUUGAUUAUCCAUGCCGCGGUGGAUCGGAUGGUUCCUCAGGGGACGACGUGUCGUUCUUGA